AUGAACUACAGGGCUAUUAUUUUGAUUUGCAUGAUGUUUAUAAUUUGUGGUGCAUAUGCGGGAACAUAUGAGUUUGAAUUUGGUACUAACCAAGGUGAAGUAAUACACACUUCGAACGGAAUAAUUCUACCGUUUAUCUACGAGACAAACAAAUAUAUACCGGUACCACCCAGGAUGAGACUGUCUUACGUCAGAGUUCUAGUUAACUCACUUUCACCACCGAAAGUUGAUUUUGACAGCACCCUCAACAAAGUGAACAUCCGCUUCAGCCUCACUCAGAUCACUUUGUCCACUUACACUAUUGUCGGCAAAGCUGUCCGAACUCAAUAG